AAAUAUAGAGACCGUUGGUCCUGCCUGCUGUCAUUGUAUUUUCUCUAGUUUAUAUCUUUCUUUAGAAUUGGCUACUCAAAGUGCUCUGCAGACCCAUGGAAAAAUCUGAGUAUGGUGAUAGGAAUCAGCUGGUUGAUGGAAAUAAAGUGGACUGGAAAGGAAGAAGUGCUUUGAAAUUCAAAUAUGGAGGGAUGAAAGCUGCUUUUCUCAUAUUAACCACACUUGGUUUGGAAAACUUAGCAACAUUCUCACUAGCUGUGAACUCAGUGCCAUAUUUCAAUGGGGUGAUGCAUUAUGAACUAGAAGAUGCAGCUAACAUGCUCACCAACUAUAUGGGUGUCAGUUACAUUCUAUCUAUUUUGGUGGCUGUCUUGGCUGACACAUGGAUUGGAAGAUACAAAUCUGUUUUAUUUUCUGGCUUCUUUGAGUUUCUGGGCCUUGCAUUGCUUACAACACAAGCACACUAUCCUAGUCUUAAGCCACCCUUUUGCAAUGUCAAUGACCCAACUACUAUAUGUAAAAUACCAAGUGUAGGCCAAAAAUAUUUUCUCUUCAUUGGCCUAUACUUGUUGGCCUUUGGAAGUUCAGGAGCCAAAGCUGCAUUGCCAUCACAUGGUGCUGAUCAGUUUGAUGAAAGUGACCCUAAAGAAGCAAAUCAAAUGUCCACUUACUUUAACACACUCUUGCUUGCUGUUUGCAUGGGUGGUGCAGUCAGUUUAACUUUCAUUGUGUGGAUACAAAUCAAUAAAGGAUGGGAUUGGGGGUUUGGUAUUGGUACCAUAGCUAUAUUUUUGGGUACCAUAAUCUUUGCAGCUGGAUUGCCACUAUAUAGAAUUCAAGUUGCUAUAGGAACUAGUGGUCUCAUUGAGAUCAUGCAGGUCUAUGUUGCUGCAAUCCGCAACAGAAAUCUUCCCUUGCCUGAAGAUCCAGCAGACUUAUAUGAGAUUGAACAGGACAAGGAAGCUGCUAUGGAAAUUGAGUUUCUACCUCACAGAGACAUUUUCAGGUUCUUGGACAGAGCAGCCAUAAAUUCAAAACCAGAUAUACAAUUAGAGAAAUCACAAGCUCCAAGUACAACAAGUCCAUGGAAACUUUGCAGGGUUACACAAGUAGAAAAUGCAAAAAUCAUUCUAAGCAUGGUUCCAAUAUUCUGUUGCACAAUCAUAAUGACCCUUUGCCUAGCUCAACUCCAAACCUUUUCAAUCCAACAAGGCUACACAAUGGACACAAGCUUAACAAAACAUUUUCACAUCCCACCUGCAUCCCUACCAAUCAUCCCAAUCAUGUUCUUAAUCAUUCUAGUACCUAUCUACGACCGCGUUUUCGUGCCUCUUACGCGUAAAUUUACUGGCAUUCCAACCGGUGUUACGCAGUUGCAGCGUAUCGGAGUUGGUCUAAUACUGGCUUCCUUAUCCAUGGCUGUUGCAUCAAUCAUAGAAGUGAAAAGAAAAACAGUGGCUAGAGACCAUAACAUGCUUGAUGCUUUUCCAGUAUUGCAGCCAUUACCUAUAACCACAUUUUGGCUUUCUUUUCAGUAUUUCAUAUUUGGUAUAGCUGACAUGUUUACCUAUAUUGGUCUACUUCAGUUUUUCUAUUCAGAAGCACCAAAAGGACUUAAAUCUACAUCAACUUGUUUCCUUUGGAGUUCAAUGGCACUUGGAUAUUUUCUAAGUACUAUAGUGGUUAAGAGUAUUAAUGGUGUCACUAAGCAUAGUAAAAAUGGGGGUUGGUUAGAAGGGAAUAAUAUUAAUAGAAAUCAUCUAAACUUGUUCUACUUGUUCCUUUCUAUUGUGAGCUUGAUCAAUUUCUUUGUUUAUUUGUUUGUUUCAAAGAGGUACAAGUAUAGACCUCAAGGACCUAUUGUCAAUGCUGAUGGAAAAUCAAAUGACUUAGUAGCAUAAGGAAGAAAAGAAGGCCAUAUAUAGUCUCAAAGAUAUUCAUAAUCCUUAAGUAAAUAAAUUAUUUUCUGUAAGCCUUUAAGCCUAAUUGAUUUCUGUUUAAUCUUCUUGUCAUA